GUGUCGUAACCGUCUUGUUAUGUGGCCAUUUCGGCUUUGACAGUGAUUUUGUGUCAGAUAUUGAAGUAAUUGACAAUGUCGGAGGAAAUGGCGGUGGGUGAUAAGGCAACGGGAGAAGAGCCUAAAGUAAACGGAGAAGAGGCGGUGGUAGCGAGCGCCGUGAACGUGGAGGGUUCCAACUCGGAGCAAACUAGCGACCCAGUUACUGCUGAGCCUGGAGAAACGUCCACUUCAACGGAAGCAGUAACUCCAGAUGAACCAUCACAACAAGAUAAGCCUGAAGAGUCUCAUCGUGGCACCAAGAGAAGAGCUUCUGCAGCUUUCAGUGAUGAUGGAGAGUUCAGAGGGUUUAAUGAAGUGCCAUCCGUGGAUCAGUUCAAGGGAUUCGAAAAGCCAGAGGACAAAGAUGUAUCUAGGGAUUACGGGAAGGUUUUGGAGCGUCUUGAGGCUGAAGUGACGGCCGCACGAAAGAGUUUUACCCCAGUGAAGACUGUCAUGGCUUCGCCUGCAAUGCUUCUCCGCGCCAGCAAACGAGCUCGUCAGGACACUGAUGGAUCCAGACCUUCAUCAGCUCUCUCUUCAAGAUCUGAUGGUGAGGCUGCUCUGACAAAUGAGCAACCUGUUGGACCUCAAACUCGUACGCAGCCACCUGUUGGAGCUCAGGUUCGUACGGGCGCCAGCGCAGCGUCAUCUCCUGCUGCACGUCGGCGUGCGACGACGGAGAUGAGCUCACCACUUCUACGAGUGCCCCUGGAGAGGGGCUGGAAGCGCGAGCUGGUAUACCGGGCCGCGCUCGACGCGCACUCGCGCCGCAACGCCGACAUCUAUUACUACACUCCUCAGGGAAAGAAACUACGCUCCACUAGAGAGGUGGCCGAACAUCUAACCGGCACAGGGCUGACAUUGGAAAACUUUUCCUUCUUUAAGGAGUCUGUUGGAAUCGACGACCCCGAAAAAGAGAUCAUUCGAGACGCGAAACUGAUGCGCCGCGUGGAGUCACCGGUGUCGUCGCCGGCGCCUGUAGCCAUAGAGGGCAAGCGGACGCCCAAGCCCAAGCCACCUAAAGGCGCCAGCCCCGAACACAACACCCCCAAAUCCCCACCGGCCAAAAUUCGGCAGGUAAAAUCGGUCGGAUCCCGCUUAAGCAACAGCAGUACCACUCCCGCAGCAUCUGCUAAAAACCAGAAGAAAACGCCAGCUGACAAUAAUAACUCUGCUGCGUGGAAAAAGCCCAGUGAGAAGAGCAAAGGUCGCAUGGCGAACGGCGCGGCGUCCCCGCCGGACGUGACGUCACCACGUCGCCGUGGACGGCCGCGUGCCGACGACACAGAUUACUUCACAGAUUUCUACAAUAAGGCGCAAGAAAAAAAUUAUAACGUUGUUGUGCAGAUCUUCCAGUACCUCGGUAUGCGUGACCUGGCGCACGUAGCGCGCGUGUGUAAGCUAUGGCAACAGCUCGCCGCUACACCUGCGCUAUGGAGACACGUGCGGAUGAAAAAUUCACACGUAAGCGACUGGGGCGGGCUAUGUGCGGCGUUAAAACGUCACGGCACGAAACGACUAGAUCUCCGCAAGAUGCUGCUGCCUCAAAACGAUACCGUCUUCUGGGAACAGUUUGCACAACACAUUGGUACCGUUGACUCGUUGGAAAGGAUAGAAAUGUGCAGAUGUCCUGCCAGUGCCGUAGAAGCGGUAUGCCGCGGUCUGCCCAAUCUGAAAUCUCUGUCUGCGCUUGCCAUUCGCGACGCCCUCCUUGAUCCCUCCCCUCUGGGGGCUCUAGCACAACUACACGAGUUACGAUUAAAGAGUAUGUCCGGUCUUUCGCUCACGAGGGACUUGAGGCCGCUGGCUGAAUUGAGACAUUUACAGCAUUUAUCACUCACUUCUAUAAAGGAACUGGGCUGGUGCGCGAGCGACGUAGUGGGCCAGCUGGAGCAGCUGGAGUCGCUGGAGCUGGGCGAGUGCACUUUCCGCGCCGAGUUCGCGUCGGUGCUGGGCCGCCUGAUGCGCCUGCGCCGCCUGAGGCUCGAGCGGGGCACGGCGCAGUGCGCGGCGCCCGAGCUGCUGCGGGCGCUGGCCACGCUGCCGCUGCUCACCAGACUCGAGCUUGUUAAUAUUGACGUUAAGGUCGGUUUCGACGACGCGCUAGCAGAGUGUAAAAACAUCCAACGAUUACUGAUCAUACCGACUUACGUGUCGCAGUCGGCCACCACCAACAAACAGGUGCUGAGCGGCGUCCUUCGGCUGAAGGACACGCUGACGCAUCUGAUGUGGGGCGUGACCAUCGAGCUGCUGCGCGUGACCGAGCUCUUCAUCGACCAGUGCGAACAGCGCGGCGACGCCGCCAGAAGAGACCUCGGCGAAUGCAUCCCCGUGCUCAAGCCCGUGCCCGGCUGCAGGCUUCCGGAUCACUAUCACGUCGCUGGACCACCACAGGUGGAAAUCCUCCCCCUGCCAACGCUGCAGCGCCUCCUGUCCGCGCAGCUGCCCAACACGAAGCUGAAACUCCUGCGCAUCCCGUUCCAUGCCACCUGGCGGCAGUCGCUCGCAGACUUCCAAUAGCAGGUUGUUUGUCUAUGUACGUGUAAAAAAGCUGUUAACGCUUGUGUAUGUACUUUUCGAUGCGAAUAAACAGUUAUUUUGUAAAAGUCAUGUUUUGACGUAUAAGAAGAAACUUUAUUUCUAUUUAUGCCUAGAGAUCAUUUUGUAAAUUUAUAUAGUCGCACUUGACAAUUAUUUUAAUUCAACACCAGAAAUGUAAGCUACUUUUUUAUGCAACACGCGCACAGAUCAGUCGCCUCGAUGUUAGGAAUUACUGCGCCAUUACUUAUUUGUUGUGAUGAAAUAAACGUUAUUAACAUUGUAAUAAACUGCAACAAAAUUUGUUUAUAUUAUUUUAAAGGAAAUUUCGAGCAAAACGAGUUAUUUCGGAAAUUUAUGGGAGUCCCUCUAUUAAAACUUGUUUCCUUUCAUCUAAACAAACAAAAUAACUGGAAUUCUUUGCUAUAUAUCGUCUCUAACAAGGCUAAUUAAUGGAUAUAACUUACGAGUUUUGAUGAAAAUGAUGUAAAACCAUUUUUUCGAAUCUAAAUUUAUUCUUUCAAACAAACCAACGUUUUGGGCUCUUAACAGAUUUUUUUUUUUAU